AUAUAUAUAUUGGCGCACACGCGGGUGUGUAUACAUACGGACAUCACGUGCGCAUAUCACUAUAUAAAUUUCACAACACAUACACGUGUAUCUACAUUCAUUCAUACAGGUAACCACAACACAAGUUUUAUUCACACACACAUACACACAUACAUACAUACAUACAGACAGACAAGCAGACAUAUAUUAUGUAUAUACAUAUAUAUACGUAACGUUAUGUUACUUUUAUCGCGAUCCACGCGCGGUUCUCACAUGUAAAGAUAAUCGACUGGCUUGUCACUCACCCGUUAUCUACCCGUCCAUCAUUUUGUAUGUCUGACCACUGUCCAUCGGGAAAAGAAGAAAAAGAAAAAAGAAAAAAAGUAGAAAGACGAUGAAGGUAUCGUUUAGUAUAGGACGGUGCUACCGUUGUGCGGCCCCUGGCGGCCCUGGAGUCAGUGGCAGUAGCGGUGUCGGUAUCAGCCCGGGUGGACCCUAUCUGCUGUGUGUGGUGACAGCGGUGGUACUGUGUCUGCUGGUUACCAUAGUAACGUCUACAGGUGACACCGGCCAGCAGAGAACUCGUUCGAACGGCGGCGGCAGAGGAUCGAACACUGGGAACGAGAGUAAAAAUAGCGGCGGCGGCGGUGGUGGUGGGGGUGGUCGUGGUGGCCGAGGAGGUGGUGGAGGAGGUGGAGGCGGUGGUGGUAAUGACAUUAUGUUAGAUUUGGACAAACUGGCUGAACUCGGUGACAAGGACAAACUGCUGUCCAUGCUGAAAGAGAUAGCCAACUCGAUCCACAAAUGCGGUGUGAGGGAAGUACCUGCGCUGAGACGAAACUUCAUCACCAACCGUACAGUUACCUGUAAUGAUGGCUCACCUGCCGGAUAUUACCUAAGACGGUCUUUUGGAAGCUUUAAAUGGAUUAUCUUUUUAGAAGAUGGUUGGUAUUGUUUCGAUAAGCACAGCUGCCAAAGCCGAUGGGUAACCAUGAAACCUUACAUGAGCUCAAAACACUGGCCGGAAGUUAAAAAAGGCAGCGGUAUCACCUCAUGGGACCCAGAAGAGAAUCCUUAUUAUUACCAUGCAAAUAUGGUAUAUAUUCCUUAUUGCUCCAGUGACUCAUGGACAGGAACUUACAAAGCCACAAGCAAAGAAGAUUUCUCAUUCAUGGGUUCGUUGAUAAUUGAAGAGGUGCUCAAAGAUCUUUUGGCUCAUGGCCUUGCCAAAGGGAAAAAGUUGAUUUUAGCCGGAAGCAGUGCUGGCGGCACCGGAGUUCUUCUGAACUUGGAUCGCGUCGCCGACAACCUAGCAGACUGGGUCCCCGGCAUCGAAGUGAGGGGUGUGUCCGACUCUGGCUGGUUUCUGGACAACAAACAGUACAAACCUGCCCCGUGUAUGAACGCGCAUUCCUGUGCACCAAUCGAUGGGAUCAAAAGAGGAGUCGAUCUGUGGAAUGGUCGGCUGCCAAGAAGAUGCGCAGAUCGCUAUGCCGAAAGUGAGAAGUGGCGCUGUUACUUUGGAUAUCGCCUCUACCCAACACUGAAAACUCCGGUUUAUAUUGUACAGUUUAUGUUUGAUGUGGCUCAACUGACCGCUGACAAUGUCGGUCCACCCGUGCACAAGGAACAAUGGCAGUAUAUUCACCAGUUGGGUCUCGAUAUCAAAGAAUCCUUGAAGAAUGUUUCUGCGGUGUUUGCUCCUGCAUGUAUGUCACACAUUAUGUUAAUGAAGAGAGACUGGAAUCAAGUAACCGUUGGCCAAGUCACUCUUCCUCAGUCGAUUUAUUGCUGGGAGAGCAGCAGCACAUCACAACGCAAAGGCUACAAGUGUCGCGGAGGUAGUGGCAAAAGACGACACCGUCGCAAACAGAUGACAACGUCUCAGCCAUCAUCUGUAAG